AUGUUCAUAGGCACUCUUCCGCUGCCUCAUCGAUCCCAGUGCGCUGCUUCAGUAGAGAUGCGUGGACCACCACCGGCAUGGUUGCCGCCGUGUCCACCGGAUCGAGACCACGACUACGAAAAUAACUACGAGGAUCCGGAAGACAUUAGAGAACGGGAGCUUUCGUCACGAGACCUUCUACUCAACGCCACAAUCACUGCCACACCGCCCAAGUAUAACUCGUACGAAACGUCGUUAUCACAACAGCGCCGCACGGCGGUGAAUGAGCCAAGAGCACCACCAAUGGACGAAUGGACGUCGUUGACAGAAGGCCAAACGGUUCUACAUAAAAAUGCCGAAGGCGCAUACUAUAUUCCAAGCGGUUCAGAUUUAAUGAGUAUGAAGGGGACUAUUGAGCUGGUACGAAUUUCCUUUGAGGAAAUUACUCCAUAUGGAGCUGCGUUCUUCACUGAUGUCGUCGUGCUGCGUCUGGUGGGCACCGUAAACAAUCGUGGCGAUUAUCGCGGCGAUUCGCUUGAGAUUAUAAAAUUUGCAUAA